UUGCCAUAUGUUGGUGCUGUGACAAAAUCAGUCUCAGAAACCUCUGCUAAGUCAAGUGAAGGCCCCCAUAAUGUUUUGGUCUAUACAAGGAAAAAAUAUUCUAACAAGCCAUCAGUCCCUCAAAAUGUUUUGGUCUACAUGAGAAAAAAAUAUGCGAAAAAGCCAACAGGCCAUGAGAAACUAAAGGGAAUAGUUGUGGCCAAAAGAGUUAAGGUGGCUGUCUUGAAAAUAAAGCAACGAAAAAUCUCGACAGGAAAAUUCGAUUCUUGGAAGGACCCGACUGAAAGUGAAUCUUUACUCGAGCGGGUUGAAUCUUUUGUUUCCAGCAUACGGCCUAUCCAAGGAGAAAUGAAAUUUUGCAAGUGGAAAGGUUCGGUGUUGGACUCUAUAAUGGGAGCGUACCUCACACAGAAUGUGAAGGACACUUUUUCAAGCUCUGCCUUCAUAUCACUCGCGUCUAAAUAUCCGAUCAAGGCAGCCCAAGUACAUUCUCCUCCAGACGAAACUUUCAAAAUGGUUCUGAGGUCGAGUAGAUCAAAAGUAAAAAUAGAUGAGGAGAUGCUGCCCAGUUGGAAAAUGAAAAGGCCGAGAACGGCGGAGUUUGGAAGGAAAAAUCGUGCGUUGAAGGGGAAAGCUGUGUGUGCAAAAGACUCGUGUUCAGAGGUUGAAAAAGGAGGGAAAAUAGAAAAUGAUGAGGUCUUAACGAGGAUGCAUAGUUGGAAAAUAAAGAAGAACAGAACAAAUGGAAUGGAAAAACGUGCGCUCAUAACACGGAAAAGAAAGAUGAGUGAAGAUGGCUGGGAUGCUUUAAAGAAAUGUUAUAUGGUGGAAGAUGAGUUUGGUGAUAAUGCAUAUGAUAAUGACUCAUCGGAUGCUUUAGACUGGAAAGCAGUUCAGGCGGCUAAAGUUGACGAAAUAGCCAAGGCAAUUAAAAACCGAGGGAUGAGCAAUAAUUUAGCCACAAGAAUAAAGAAUUGUCUCACUAUGUUGGAGACUAAUCUCGGCCGUCUUAACCUUGAAUGGAUGAAAGGUGUACCGGAUAACACGGCCAGAGAAUACCUGUUGAGAAUACCUGGGCUCGGGCUAAAAAGCGUUGAGUGCGUACGCUUGUUGUCACUAUCACAGAAGGCAUUCCCGAUUGACAGGAACGCCGGGCGGAUUGCCGUACGUCUCGGAUGGGUCCCAAUUCAACCACUUCCACAAGGACAAGGACAGGAGUUCCAUCAAUUGGAAGAGUACCCAAAACCAGACUCUGUGCAGGACUAUCUUUGGCCACAACUAUCUCAACUUGAUGUGCCAACACUGUAUGAGCUACAUUGCCAGAUGAUCACUUUUGGAAAGGUUUUCUGCACAAAGAAAAACCCAAACUGCAAUGCUUGCCCCAUGAAAGCAGAAUGUAGGCACUAUGCAAGUGCUCGUCACUCGAGCAAUAUAUUUGAAGAUAGAGGUGAAAGCUCGACCGUCAAUGAAAAAGCUAUGCUCCCAAUUCAGUGUGUUUUCCCCAAAAGGCCACAAGGGUCAGGCAAACUGAAAUCACAUGAAGCUCUUGUAUGGGACCUUGAGGACUUUGGUAUCGAGAAAAUAUCUGAAAUUAAAGCAGAUGAGAAUAUAGAGAAGUCUGCCCAAGAAGGAGAAAUAUCAAAGGCAUUAAUGUUUCUCAACACGAAAUCCUCUGUUUAUGUGCCGGUGUCUAAUAAAUUGAAGAAUGCGGUCUACUUAAGGACUGAGCAUCGAGUUUAUGAGCUCCCGGACUCGCACUGCGUUUUGGCUAAGCUAGAGAAAAGAGUAUUUGAUGACUCAUGUCCAUAUCUACUUGCCAUUUGGCCUAACGAAAAUCCCGACAAGGAAGACACAGUCUAUGGAACACUUGUGUUACCAGCUCGAACAGCGAUGAGGGGAAAGUUUCCACUUAAUGGAACAUAUUUUCAGGCGAACGAGGUCUUUGCUGAUGACGAGUCCUGUGAAUUUCCCAUUAAAGUUUCGAAGGCGUCCAUUUCAAAUCUUCCAUGCACGACUCUGUAUUGUGGAAAUGAUGUAUCGACAAUAUGCAAAGGUAUGAAAGCUCACGAAGUUCGGAAAUGCUUCCGGGAAGGAUACAUCUGUUUGAGAAGAUUCAAUAGGAAAAAUAGGGAAUCUAAACCUCUGUCUGCAAGAUUCUAUUUUCAAGCAAAGCCGAGCAACCAAGUGACACAAAGAUGA